AUGUCUGGCUUACAAAACAACGCUGCAUUGAACACUUCUCGCCCGCAGCAUCAGCUUCAUGACUCUUCCCAGCCACUACCAGGUUCCGGGUCGCGUGACGCAGUACAGACUCAGGACUACUCGCCCGCGAAUAUUGAACGCAUGUCUUCCUCUGUGAUUUAUGGCAAGAAUGCAUCUACGGAAUCGGAUGAUGCCGACUCCACUCGUGCCACCAUGGGCAUACCGUCCGCCGGGCGCACAGGUCCAGACUCGGCGUGUGAGAGCGAGAGCGCUCGUAGCAACACUGCCUCCACCAACGAGCGCCCGCUCGGCGUUCAGCCUACGCCAGAAGGUGGAGUCUCAAUUGGUGGGCAGCCCAACCUACCCGAGGGCCAUACUGGGUUCGGUGACAAGGUCGUCGGAAAAACGCAAAAGGUCAUCGGCAAAUAUACCAAAAAUGAGGAACUGCAUGAGAAAGGGGAGCUGAGAGAGACAGGUGGGAAAGCGGCUGCCUUGGGGAACGCGCGAGCAGCUCAUGAUUAA